CUGAGGCGAGGGACUACAGCGCCCACAAUGCACCGCGCGCCGCGGCCGAGCCUCGCGAAGGGCCGGAAAGGCGGGCCAAGAUGGCGGCGGCGCCUGCUCUGAGGCGGAGGCCCCGGCGUUUAUCACAUGGUGGAAAAUAGAAGCCAAGCUUCCCAUCAACAAUGCCUGGCAACACAUAUUCUCCAGGAGUCUGCUGCUGCUGUGCUGCCUUGCGCCCCCGUUACAAGCGCCUGGUAGAUAACAUAUUCCCCGAAGAUCCAAAAGAUGGCCUUGUCAAAGCAGAUAUGGAGAAACUCACCUUCUAUGCUGUCUCUGCUCCCGAGAAGCUUGAUCGGAUCGGUGCGUAUUUAGCAGAGAGGCUGAGCAGAGAUGUUGUCAGACACCGCUGUGGGUAUGUCUUCAUUGCCAUGGAAGCCCUAGACCAGCUGCUCAUGGCUUGCCAUUCUCAAAGCAUCAAGCCGUUUGUGGAGAGCUUCCUUCACAUGGUGGCCAAGCUUCUGGAGUCCGGAGAGCCGAGGCUGCAAGUCCUGGGAACCAACUCGUUUGUCAAAUUUGCAAACAUUGAGGAGGACACGCCUUCCUAUCACCGCCGCUAUGACUUCUUUGUGUCUCGCUUCAGUGGCAUGUGUCACUCCUGCCACACUGACCCGGAAAUACGGAACGAGAUCCGAAUUGCUGGAAUCAGGGGCAUCCAGGGGGUGGUUCGCAAAACCGUAAACGACGAGCUCCGAGCCACCAUAUGGGAGCCUCAGCAUAUGGACAAGAUUGUUCCCUCGCUGCUUUAUAAUAUGCAGAAGAUUGAAGAUGUCGACAGCCGGAUUGGCCCACCCUCCUCUCCAACAGGAGGCGAUAAAGAGGAGAACCCAGCUGUGCUGGCUGAGAAUUGCUUCAGGGAGCUGCUGGGCCGCGCCACCUAUGGGAACAUGAAUAAUGCUGUGAGACCAGUCUUUGCACAUUUAGACCAUCACAGACUGUGGGACCCCAAUGAAUUUGCUGUCCACUGCUUCAAAAUCAUCAUGUACUCCAUACAGGCGCAGUAUUCUCAUCAUGUGAUACAGGAAAUCCUGGGGCACCUUGAUUGCUGCAAACGAGACUCUCCCCGAGUUCGAGCCGGUAUCAUCCAGGUCCUUUUGGAGGCAGUGGCCAUUGCUGCUAAAGGAUCCAUUGGCCCAACUGUCCUGGAGGUGUUUAACACGCUGCUGAAGCACCUGAGCUUGAGUGUGGAUUUUGAACUGGGCCAAGACUCUGAUGGCAAAGGUAGCCUCAAUAGCCGCACAAAGGAGAGCGAUGAGAAGAUCGUCCAGAAUGCCAUCAUUCAAACUAUUGGUUUCUUUGGCAGCAACCUCCCAGAUUACCAGCGCUCCGAAAUAAUGAUGUUCGUUAUGGGGAAGGUCCCUGUGUUUGGGUCAGCAUCUCAGACUGUGGACACCAGCCAGCUGGGGGAUUUGGGAACCAGGAGGAUUCAGAUCAUGUUGCUGCGGUCUUUGCUUAUGGUCACCUCGGGGUACAAUGCCAAAAGCAUCAUGACUGUUCUCUCAGCCCCGUUCCUGGAUCCCCUGCUGUCCUCUUCGCUCACGGAAGACAGCGAGCUCCGGCAGCUGGUUCUGGAAAUACUACACAAUCUUAUUGACCGGCACGACAACAGAGCAAAGCUCAGAGGAAUAAGAAUAAUACCUGAUGUGUCUGAUCUGAAGAUAAAGCGAGACAAAAUUUCGCGGCAAGAUGUGAGCUUCAUGAAGAAGCACGGCCAGCAGCUGUACAGGCACGUUUACAUGGGCUGCAAAGAAGUCGACAACGUGCAUAAGAACUUUGAGCUGCUCUACACGUCUCUUGCUCUGAUAACGAUUGAACUCGCCAACGAAGAGGUGGUGACCGACCUCAUCCGCCUGGCCAUUGCCUUGCAGGAUACUGCCAUCCUGAACGAGGAUAACCUGCCAAUGUCUCACCGCUGCAGCAUCAUGGCGCUGGUCGCCGCGUACCUCAACUUCCUGAGUCAGAUGAUCGCAGUGCCUGCCUUCUGCCAGCACAUCAGCAAGGUCAUUGAAACCAGAACUGUGGAAGCACCGUACUUUUUGCCAGAAACCAUAUUCAGAGACAAGUGCAGUCUCCCCAAAGCCUUAGACAAGGACGACAAGAACUUGUUUUUCCUGACUCACAAGAUUGCGGAAUCCUUGGGCGGCAGCGGAUACAGCGUGGAGAGGCUCUCUGUGCCUUACGUGCCCCAGGUGACAGAUGAAGACCGGCUGUCCCGAAGGAAGAGUAUUGUGGAUACUGUAUCUAUUCAGGUGGACAUCCUCCCUGGCAAUGGCACAGAAGACAAGGUUAACACGGAGGAAAUUACCUUUGAAGCACUGAAGAAAGCUAUAGAUAACACUGGUCUUGAAGAGCAAGAGAAGGAGAAGAGGCGCCUGGUGAUUGAGAAGUUCCAGAAAGCUCCCUUUGAAGAGAUUGCAGCCCAGUGUGAAACCAAGGCAAACCUCCUCCACGACCGGCUUGCUCAGAUCUUGGAGCUCACCAUUCGCCCUCCUCCCAGCCCUUCUGGGACGCUGACCAUCACGGCUGGACACACCCACUAUCAAUCCGUUCCGGUCUAUGAGAUGAAGUUUCCAGAUCUUUGUGUGUAUUAAAGAGUCUUCUGGCCUCUGCUGGGCAUUA